CGUCAUCUCCCUCCUCCGAUUUGUGUGUAAACUCUAAAUACAACAUGUGCUAUCCUACUGCUAUAUCAUCAUUGCAUUCAGUCGUCAAACGCCAGUCGCCCGUGUCACAACGUAUACCAUUGAAUCCAAGUGUACACUGUACAUUAGGGUUGAAUUUUGUAUUUAUAAUUUAAAUCAACCAUCAAUUGAUACAGUAUUAAAUUAAAUUCAUUUACUUAGCAUUCAGCAUGGAUAUUCUCAGGGCCGAAAUAGCAAAGAAACGGAAAGAACUCGAAGAUAAAAACUUACUGACAAAUAAUAAAAAAUACUUUAGAAGAGGAGAUCUGGAUGCUGUAAAAGUGAAAAUUCCUAGCAAUGUUAACUCUACAAAUAGCACAGAGUGCAGUGACAACACCACGGAUACAGAGAACAUGAUAAAAGACAAUUCACAAAAUACCUUGCCCAGAACUGAAGUUAUUCGCAAACUCAGAGAAAGAGGUCAACCAAUAACCCUAUUUGGUGAAUCAGAAACUGAUUCUUUCAAAAGGCUACGCAGAUGUGAAAUACUUGAACCUGAAGUUAACAAAGGACUCAGAAAUGAUUUCCAAGAAGCUAUGGAACAAGUAGAUCAAGCUUAUCUUGAUGAACUAUUAGAAUCAUCUAAACCACAAGAAGAACAUAAAAGAAAAGAUGACGUUUACAUUUCUGAAGAAGAAGUAACGUAUGAAGAUAUUCAAAAAAUGGCUGAAGAUUUUCAAAGAAAAGGAAGAGAGACAGACAUGCACAUAAUUAUGACGUUUUUACAAUUUCUUGUCAAAAUGUGGGGUCAUCAGUUGAAUAGUCGAUCAGGAGCAGAAAAAAUGAGCACCAAAGGAAAAAUGGAUGGCGCUAUUUAUGCACAAACAAGAGAGUAUUUAAAGCCAUUAAUCAGAAAGUUAAAAAAAAAGAACCUACCUGAAGAUAUAACAGACAGUUUGACAGAUAUUGUUAAAAGAUUAUUAGAAAGAAACUAUAUCUAUGCAAGUGACGCAUAUCUUCAAAUGGCGAUAGGUAACUCUCCAUGGCCUAUAGGUGUUACCAUGGUUGGUAUUCACGCUCGUACUGGUAGAGAAAAAAUUUUCUCAAAAAAUGUAGCUCAUGUAAUGAAUGACGAAACUCAACGGAAAUAUAUUCAGGCAUUGAAAAGGCUUAUGACAAAAUGUCAAGAGUACUAUCCAACUGAUCCAUCUCGAUGUGUUGAGUAUACAAAAAAAUAAUUUAAAAUUUGUGCAUGUAAAACAAAUAGUCAAGCUCAGAGUAUGGUGACAUAAUGCAUUUUUAAAUAUUGUUUUAUUUAUAUGUAAACUGAAAAAAAUGGACACCUUGAGUUAUUGCAAUUGAAAAAUAAAAUUCAAAUGUAAUUUUUCUUGACAUCUGCAGGACAUACAUGUGUACUUUCUUUCAGAAACCAUGAUAAAAGAGUUGCUAUAAAUCAAUUUGAAAAAUCAUGUUAUUUUUAGAAAUGUGAAUUAAAAUAUUG